UUUGUCAGCUAAUUUUUUUUAUGUUUGCGUUCAUGUGAGAAGCAGCGAAGAAAAGGGAAGCAUGAAACUUAAAGAGAUCAACCGCACAGCCAUCCAGAGCUGGAGUCCUGCGCAGCACCACCCCAUCUACCUUGCAGCAGGAACAUCAGCCCAGCAGCUGGACGCCUCCUUCAGCACCAAUGCCUCCUUGGAGUUUUUCGAGCUGGACUUGACCGAUCCGUCUCUGGACAUGAAGUCAUGUGGCAGCUUCUCCUCCUCUCACAGAUACCACAAACUGGUCUGGGGUCCCUACGGCAUGGACUCCCAGGGUCACCCAGCUGGGGUCCUUAUCGCAGGAGGCGAGAACGGCAACGUCAUCCUGUACGACCCUGCAAAGAUCAUGGCCGGAGAGACCGACGUGAUCAUUGCUGAGAGCGACAAACACACGGGGCCUGUGAGAGCGCUCGACGUCAACCCGUUCCAGACGAACCUGGUGGCAUCAGGUGGCAACGAGUCCGAAAUCUACAUCUACAUGAAUAACUUUGGCUCUCCAAUGACGCCAGGACCGAAAUCUCAGCCUGUGGAGGACAUCAGCUGUGUGGCGUGGAACAGACAGGUCCAACACAUCCUGGCCUCCGCCAGCCCGAGCGGCAAAGCGUCAGUGUGGGACCUCCGCAAGAAUGACCUCAUCAUUAAAGUUAGCGACCACAGUAACAGAAUGCAUUGCUCCGGGCUGGCGUGGAAUCCCGAAGUGGCCACUCAGCUGGUCUUGGCCUCGGAGGACGACCGGAUGCCGGUCAUCCAGAUGUGGGAUUUACGUUUCGCUACCUCUCCUCUCAAGAUUUUAGAGAACCACACACGAGGGAUUUUGGCCAUCGCCUGGAGCUUGGCCGAUCCCGAGCUGCUCCUGAGCUGCGGGAAGGACAACAGGAUCCUGUGCUGGAAUCCAAACACAGCCGAGGUGCUGUACGAGUUGCCGACCAGCAGUCAGUGGUGCUUCGACAUCCUGUGGUGCCCCAGGAACCCCGCCGUGCUGUCGGCUGCGAGCUUCGACGGACACAUCGAUAUCUACUCCAUCAUGGGAGGAACCAACCAGGCGCAGAGCCAGAGACACGCCGACCAGAUUAGCAACUCGUUUGGGAACAUGGAUCCUUUUGGGACGGGACAAACUUUGCCGCCGCUGCAGCUGCCGCAAACUCCUGUUCAGCCAGCUACAGUCAACCCCCUGAAGAAACCGCCCAAGUGGAUCCGCAGACCUGUCGGAGCCUCGUUCGCUUUUGGUGGGAAGCUGUUAUCUUUGGAGAACACAAAGCUGAACCCUCAGCAGCCGCAGCAGCCCACCUCACAUGUCGUACACAUCAGCCAGGUUGUCACAGAAACGGCCUUCCUGAAGCGCUCCGAUCAGCUGCAGGCCACGCUGAGCGCGGGCAGCUUCGUGGAUUUCUGCCAGGAAAAGAUCGAUGGAGCUGAAAAUGAGUUUGAAAAGACGCUUUGGUCUUUCCUCAAGGCUAAUUUUGAGACCGAUGUCCGCAGCAAGUACCUGGAACUUCUGGGCUACAACAAGGAGGAGCUGGCCUUGAAGAUUUCAGCAGCACUGGAGGAAAAGCCUGCUGAAGCUCCACAGGUGGAGGCUCCUGCUCCAGUCAGCCUGCAGCCUUUACCGGACCUCAGCCUCGUGCCGCCUGCUGACACCCCAGAGGCAGCGUUUGACAUGAUCGCUGCUGCAGCAGUUUUACCACCUGCAGAAACUCCAGAGGCGGCGUUCGACAUGAUCUCUGCUGCAGCCGUUUUACCACCUGCAGAAACUCCAGAGGCUGCGUUUGACAUGAUAGCUGCAGCCGCGCCACCUGUUGCUGAUACUCCUGAGGCCGCGUUUGACAUGAUCGCUGCUUCAGCCCCCGUGCUGCCUGCUGACACUCCCGAGGCGGCGUUUGACAUGAUCGCUGCUUCAGCCCCCGUGCUGCCUGCUGACACUCCCGAGGCGGCGUUUGACAUGAUCGCUUCAUCAAACCUCGAGCCGGCAGCCACGCUGGAGCUCAACUCUGCUCCUGACCUUGAGACCGAAGCGCCAGCUGCAGCAGAGGAUCUAGAGGAAGUUCCCGCCAGCGAACCAGAAGAAAAGGUGGAGCAGGUUCUUCCAGAGGAGGAAGCAGAGGAGGAGGAGAUCCCCUUGGAUGAUGAGCAGGAGCCGGCAGCACCAGCGGAGCAGGAGCUCAGUCCUCCUGAGGUCCUGGCUCCAGUGGAGGAGCCCAUCGAGGCUCCAGUUCCAGCUCUGGUUGAGGUCAUUGAGGAGCCGGCACCAGCACCUGCUCCUGCUCCGACUCCGGCCAAUACAGACGGAGUCAAUCUCAGCAUCAGCCAAGAUGUGGACGGGCUGAUCACGCAGGCCCUGCUGACCGGAGACUUCGAGGGCGCCGUGGAGCUCUGUCUCCAUGACAACCGGAUGGCAGACAGCAUCAUCCUGGCCAUCGCCGGAGGGGCCGAGCUGCUGGAGAAAACCCAGAGGAAGUAUUUUACGAAAACGCACAGCAAGAUAACCAAGCUGAUCAGCGCCGUGGUGAUGAAAGAUUGGCACGACAUCCUGAAGACGUGCGACCUGCAGAACUGGAGGGAGGCGCUGGCUGCUGUCAUGACCUACGCUCAGCCCGAGGAGUUCUCGUCCCUCUGUGACCUUCUCGGGGACAGACUGGAGGCAGCAGAGGACGCCCAGCUUCAAGCCCAGGCCUGUCUGUGUUACAUCUGUGCUGGAAAUGUGGAGAAACUUGUGUCAUGCUGGAGCAGAGCACAAGACGGACACUGUCCACUGUCCCUUCAGGACCUGGUAGAGAAGGUGGUGGUGCUGCGGCGUGCGGUGGAGCUGACCCAGCGCUCCGGGCCCGCUGCUAUCGGCAUCCUGCUGGCUGAGAAGAUGAGUCAGUACGCCAACCUGCUGGCCUCUCAGGGCAAUCUGUCCACCGCCAUCACCUACCUGCCGGACAACACCAACCAGCUUGCCGUACAGCAGCUUCGUGACCGUCUCAGUCGGGCUCUGGGGCAGCGGGCGGCGGCUCCUGCAGCUCCGGUUCAACCUCAGAGAGUUCAGCCUGCACCGACUCAGACUCGGCCCGCCCGCCACGCCGCUCUGCCUCGCCAUCCGUUCACCCCGAUGCAGCCCGCCAUGGUGCCUCAGCAGCCCGCUGCAGCUCCGGUCCCCAUGCCCACACCCGCUGCCUCCGCCCCAGCACCGCCGCAGUAUUACCAGCCGGUGAGGGCGACCUCCACUGUCACCUCCUGGAGUAACCAAACCCCCACAGCCCUCCCCAGUGUCCCUCCUCCUCCUCUUCAAGAGCAGCAGGUGGAGCCUCCAAACCCCAUGUACGGGAUGCCGCCUCCCUGCACAGCUGUUCAGUCUCCGGUCUCCUCCGGUCCUGCAUACAUUUCCCAGCAGCACCAGCCCUACCCCCAGGUCCACCAGUACCCCCCUGGAGCUGGGGGGGCUCCUUUCUAUCAGCCUCUUCAGUACUCUGCUGCUGCUCCUCCUCCUGCAGAGCCGCCCGGCUUUCUCUCUCAGUACACACAGCCGGCACCUCCGGUCUAUCCCGGACAGCCUCCCAUCAGCCAGUGCCUGUCCUCCUCUCCUCCCUCUCAUCCUCCUUUCUAUCCAAACGCCUCCUCUUCCUCCUUUAACGCGCCUCCGUCCUCCGGAGCGUCUUUCCAGCACGGCGGUCCAGGCUCUUCUGUGUCGUACAUGCCUGUUCCUCCUCCACCGAGCGGAGUCUCAGGUACACAGCUGAUCCCGGCCUCUCAGAGAACAGGGCCUCAGAACGGCUGGAACGACCCGCCGGCUCUGAACAGAUUAUCGAAGAAGAAGACGGUUCAGAUGAACUACAUGCCUCCGGCCCCCAUCACUUCUCCCAUCAUGGCUCCGCUGGGUGCUGACCCUCAGGCCCAGCCAGUCUCUUCUGGGGCCCCUCAGGCCAUGGUCCAGGGCCCGCACGGUGCCCAAGUCCCCUACUCAGGCAUGCACCAACAGCAGCAGCAGCAGCAGCAGAUGCAGCAGCAGCAGCAGCAGCAGCUCUCCCCUCCACCCAUGAACCCUGCGAUCCCCAAGACCAGUAUGGAGGGCGCACCAGGAGCUCCCACUGGAGACGUUAUACAGCCUCUGCAGUCCAUCCCGGCUGAGAAGAUCAUGAAGAAGCCCAUCCCCGAUGAGCACCUGGUCCUGAAGACCACGUUCGAGGGGCUCAUCCAGAAGUGUUUGGCUGUAGCUACCGACCCCCAAACGAAGAGGAAGCUUGACGACGCCAACAAACGUCUGGAAGCACUUUAUGACAAACUCAGAGAGCAGACGCUCUCUCCCGCCAUCGUCGGAGGACUUCACAACAUCGCCAGGAGUGUAGAGUCGCGGUCCUACACGGAGGGCCUCAACAUCCACACCCACAUAGUCAGUAACAGCAACUUCAGCGAGACGUCGGCGUUCAUGCCCGUCCUCAAGGUGGUGCUGACACAAGCCAACAAACUCGGGGUCUGAAGCGAGUCUUCGUGACCGGCGGACGGCGGGGAGCGAGCGCUCGGUGGUCGAUAUCUUUUCACAGGGAACUCCAUUUGGACUCGCAGCGCAAACGACGAAAAAUUCAGAGAAAUCCUGCUGAAUUCUUUUGUGCCAUUCAUGUUUUUUCUGACACAAACACAAGCCAUCAGUCGCACUCAGUGGUGAAAGUAAAUUCUGCGCCCCGUGCAAACGAAGGGCUAGAGACUCGUGCAAUCAUAAUCUGCCAACACGCUACACCCAAACAUGUUUUUAACUCAAUGUUGUAGUCAUAUGGAUCAACAUAGGAUCAUUGAAUCAAUAUGCAGUAAUCGUGUUAAAUCAUAAUAAAAGUAAAAUCUCAAAAUUAGCAACAAAAACAUAAGGAAGGCAGCGUUUCAGCAGGUUGAACCUGGAAAUAAAUCUAAAUAAAUAUGGAAUUUUUAGACCAAGAAAAUAGGAAAAGCAAAAGGAAAUUUGUGAAUCUUGAGGGCAUUUUUAUUUGUGUGUUGAGACGAUCAAAAAUAAAUGUCGUAUAUUUAAAUCUCAGUGAAUUCGGCUGACUGUUGAUACAGCAGAGCGGCAUGCUUUCAGCUCACAGCAAUCAUUUCAGAAAUAUUGGCUUGUUCAUCUUUAUAGUCUUUCGAUAUUUGUGCACUACAAUAAUGCUCAGAUACCUUUUAUAGUCCAUAAAUACGGAGUUUUCUCUUAAAAGUGCAAAAUCAUGCUUUAUGUUUUACACAUAGACGCAUCAUCGCCUGCAUGCAUUUUUGCAAAAGACUCUCUCUAACCUGCAAAUGAUGCAGUUAGAGAGGAUGGAUUCAUUUAAAAACAGGGCAUUAGACUGACUUCACACCAGUAAUCACUCACAAGCAGUGAAAGAGAAACUGCUGCUUCUUUAAUGAUCUAAUUAGACUUUUGUUAGUGUUUAAAGGUCCAGUGUGUAGGAUUUAGGGGGAUAUGUUGGCAUAAAUGGAUUAUGAUAUAAUAAGUAUGUUUUCUUUAGUUGUUUUUUUGUUAUCUUAGACUGAGCCGUUAUAUCUACAUACGGAUCACCAUGUGGUGACCUCUUUGGAUAAUUCAGCUUUUGGUAAAAACCUACAGUAAAACCCUCAUAUAGUAGAUGUGCAAUGUCAUUUUUAACUUGAAACUGCUUUUAUUCUUUUUUUUUUUUACUAGUUGAAAUCUCUUGGUCCAUUUGUUUUGCAGAUGAUUUGGCUCCCGGUAAAAACUGGAACUGAAGUUAUACAAAAUCAGGAAGAAAAAAACGCUGAUUUUUAACACGAAACUGCUUUAUUAAUUGUUUUUACUGGUCUAAAUCACUUGAUCUGUAUGUUUUGGAGAAAAAGAAAACUUUGCGGCUAAUCAGGAGAAGCCGAAUUGGCCACGGAAGGAAUUCUUACCGGGAAAAGUUUUAGCUGGUUGCAGUUUGCAGUCCUCGCCAGUAGAUGCCACUAAUUCCCCCCAAAUCUUACACACUCUUCCUUUAAAGCAAAAUUGAUGCAUUUUUUAAUGUACCCAGUAUGUGUUUGUUAUUACUCUAAUCCCCUUUUUGUGCUUUUUCUGGCUUACUUUCACCACUGGUGUCACUACAUACAAACACAUUGGACCAAGACAUUGUCAGUGUGUGGGAUACGUCAAUGCAAAGCAAUGCAAUCCCAUUUGUUUUAAUGUUUAUGUCUUUUUUUUUUAAUUCUUUUUUUUUCUUCAGUGUAAUCAUGAGGCUCAGCAGAGUGCAAUGGACUUUAAAAAAAGAGACUGCUUUUAUGGAAUUUUAAAGUAUGCAUGCUUAAACAAACGCUAACAGUUAAUGGCAUUGGAGGUAAUUAUCGGCUAAUUAAUCAGACCUCGGAGGGAAACUGGAAGGAGACUUGUACUUGAUUUUCAUUCCAACUUUGAUGAGGGCUGAGUCUGAGCGGUCAACCUCAGUUUAUGUUGUUAAUAAAGCAAAACAAGUCUUUGUUUAAGAUUGACUACAUGCAAUAUUUUCAAUAAAUAGUAUUUAUUUACA